CACAUCGGUGGUUAAUGAGAUGGGUGGACUCUUUGUAAAGCUUGGACAAUCCUCCUCCCUUUGAGCUAGCUUUUGGGAUGUGAGUUAGGGCUAAGAACUAAUUUCAAUUGAAUCUGAAAGAAAUGGUAUGCCUAACAUUAGAGGAAGAAAGAAGAAGAAUAAGUGAUCUUAUUGAUGAUUUAUUGAAUGGUUUGAAGAAAAUAAAGAAAGAAUUCAUUGCUUCAAAAUGGGAUGACAUUGAAAAGCUAAGAAUGGAAUUGAGAUUUCUAAGAACAUUUGUCCUGUUUCGGAAUUGGAAUUUGGAUGACUUUUAUGAUAAGAUGUUACUGAAUAUAGAAAAGCUCAAAGAUCUAAUAGAUACAAUUUUCAAUGAAGAUGAAUUUAUCGUAGCCAAAUACAACAUGGACAGUCUUCCGUCUUACCUGCGGAAAGAAAUCAAUAGUUAUUUGAGAUUGAAGAAUGUAGCCAAUAUCAUAACUGAGGAGAAUAUGUUUGAAUAUACAGACAGCCUCCUCAAGAACCUCCAUGAUCUACCAAAGUAUUGUUCUGAUUUGCUUCAACCCCUCAUGAGUGAAUACAACAUUCUUCGGCAAGUAUGCACACAUCUCAGAGAUUUCUAUCAGUUGAAAUGCAACAAAACAACAAAAGAAUUUCUCUAUGCUUGGUACCGAAUGACGGUUGAUAGAGUAACACAAUUCUGUUUUGAUCUUUGGACUGGAAAGUACAAAAACUAUGGAUAUGAGUAUGCCUUCUCUGAAUGCUCUUCCAAGAUCACUUCUCUACUCAUCGACAUAAUCCCUCUUGAGUUGGAGGUUCUACACAUUUCUACUUCUAAGCUCAUUAAAGAGUCAACAUCAAAAGAACUAGAAGGAUUGGUUAAGCAAAUCUUAAAAGCAUCUCCAAGGAUUCUUCAAAAUAAUCUCAUUCAUCUCCAACGACGCAUGGAAGUUGCAGUAGAUGUAAAUUACGCUCCAACUCGAAGCAUUAGUGUCAUGAUGGAGUUCCUAUUGAUCUUUCUAACUGAUAUGCCAAAGCGGUUUAUCCAUCGUGAAAAAUUGAACGAUAUGUUGGCACAUGCUGGAAUGCUUACCAGAAAAAUAUCUUUUCUGGUGAUCAAGCUGUUGGAGGAGAUCUCUGAGGAUAAUAUCAAUGAAGCGGACUUUUCAGCUCCAGACUUUUUGCAAGAAAUCGAACAAAUGAAGGGAGACAUCAGACACAUUUUUUUAAAAGCUCCCGAGUCAUCUCAACUUCGUUUUCCAAUGGAUGAUGGUUUCCUCUUCAUGAAUCUUCUACUCAGACAUUUAAAUGAUUUGCUCAUUGCCAAUGUCUCUUCAGUUACUCUGAUAAAGAAAGAAAUUAGGAUGGUGAAAGAAAGCCUUGAAUUCCUAACAUCAUCUUUCGGAAAAGUCAGGAAAACGUUGGAUGGCACUAGUGGAGUAGUUAAAGAUUGUUGGUUGCAUGCUUUGGAUGUGGCAUAUGAGGCAGAGCAUGUCAUUAAUUCCAUUCUUGUCAGAGAUAAAACUCUCUUGCAUUUAGUCUUCUCACUUCCGAAUGUCACUGAUAAGAUCAAGCUUAUCGUGGCACAAGUCACCAGUUUACAGCUGGAGGAUAAGAAUGGGGAUGAACCCCUUGAUGCAAAGUCUUCCCAUGAGUCAAUUGUGUUAACCUCAUCACCUUUUGUUGAGGUAACAGUAGGUCAUGAGGAAGAAGAAGCCUGGAUCAUUGGCCAGCUCCUUGAUGAACAUGAAUCCGAGCUUGAUGUCAUUUCCAUUGUUGGAAUGCCAGGAGUCGGUAAAACUACUCUUGCCAAUAAAGUGUAUAACAAUACAUUAGUUGCAAGUCAUUUCCAUGUUCGUGCUAAGUGCACUGUUUCCCAAAAGUAUAAUCUGGAUUCCUUUAUUUCUACCAACAUCAGUUUGGUUAUGCAGUUAAGUUAUGACCAUUUACCAUGCCACCUGAAGCCGUUGCUGCUUUACUUUGCGACAACUCAAAAGAGCCAACGAACUCCAGUCUCUACAUUGAUGCAGUUGUGGAUGGCCGAAGGGUUUGUGGAUCAUGAUAGUUUAGAGGAAGUAACUCAAAGUUACUUGGAUGCUUUAAUUUCCAGUAACCUGAUAAUGGUGGAUCAUAUCCCCUCCGAGAGUAUUUGGUGGACGUCUACAAUGAUCAAGGUUUGCUAUAUGCAUGAUGUUGUGCAUGAUUUUGUCUCAGUAAAAGCGGAAAAUGAAAAGUUUUUCAAGUUAAUCAAUUCAGGUGAUCAUGCUUCGGAUUUGCUACACCAUCGUCUAACCAUUUAUACUGAUUACGAGGGCGAGCUCUGCAAUAAAUGUGUUUUGUGCAAGUUUAUUAAGUGUUCAGCUGUUAGUAAGUAUCUCUUAUCUUUGAGAGUGAGGAGUUCUGUCUAUAAAUACAGGUAUAUCCAUCACACUAGACAGUUGAGACUUCUUAAAGUGUUACAACUGGAUGACUUUAUUGUCUUUGAAGAUUCUUUAAUGAAAGAAAUAGGGUCCCUAUUUCAUUUGAGGUUCUUAAGCAUUAAGACUGAUAUGAAAGCCAUCCCAGAGUCGUGGGUGAACCUCCAGAAUCUGGAAACGCUGUUGAUUAAUCCAGGAUUCUCCCCCUUUGUAUUACUGCCCAGAAUAUUAAAACUGUCAAAGCUGAAAUAUGCAAGCGUUUGCCUGAGUUCUUUCUUUGAUGAAGAGGAAGAGGACAAUAUUAGACUAUUGGAAGGUGAGAAUUCAAAGCUGAAAACUUUAUCCAAAGUUGAUAUCUCAUAUUCCCAAGGAACUAAUGAUGCUCUAGAGAAGUUCCCAAAUCUUGAGCACCUUGAUUGCACCAUCAUUGUACCCAAGUGUCCUCCUAAACACGGCGAUUGGUUUCCCAGGUUUGAUGUCCUUAAUAAACUUCAGUCGCUCUCUUUAAACUACCACAAACCACGGUAUUAUUUUUGUAAUCCCAUUGAAUAUCACUUCCCUACCGGCUUGAAAGAGUUGCGGUUGUUUGAUAUUCCCAUGAGACCUGCUUUAUUGUCAGCAAUUGUGGCAUUGCCUCAACUUGAAAUUCUGGAGAUUAACUACUGUAAUUUCGUGAUGGAUAAGUGGGAUGCAAGUGAGGACAUCUAUCAAAGUCUUAAGACUUUGCGUUUGGCAUGUCCCGAAUUAUCAGAAUGGGAAGUUGAUAGGGAAACUUUUCCCAAGCUUGAGGAAUUAAUAGUAGAGAACUGUUUCAUGCUUAUGGAGAUCCCUUAUGCAUUUGGCUAUAUAGACACUUUAAAAUCCAUUCGGUUGGUUCAAAAUGAGCUUGAGCUUAGAGACUCAGCCAUGAAGAUAAAGAAAGAUGUAAUAGAUUUCACAGGAGAGGACAGACUUCAUGUCCAUAUAUCAUCUAUGUAUCUUCCCUGAGCUGACGAAGAAGAGUUAAGCCUGGAAAUUUAGGCAUUAUAGAUGGCUUGUAGGACUGGAAGACGGUACACAAGGCGAGGUGAUUUGAACUUGAUUUAGAGAUUGUUGGGUUCCGUGCCCCGGCUCGUGUAAUCUCCUUCUUUUUCUUUGAUCUUAAGACUUGUCAAGGACUGAAAGAGGUAGUUGCUUGUGAUCGGAGGCCCUCUUGUGCUUUUUGAGAACAAAGAUUAAGACUUGUAUUUAUUUCUUAAUUAGUUUCUGGGUACGCGCCACGCGCGUGUGGCCAUAUAAAUAAAAAUAUUUUUGUGAAGAUUGUAUAUUAGCAAUAUUUUUAAGUUA